CAGACUUAUACCCACACAUUUACACACACACACACGCACAUAUACAUACAAACAAACACACGCGUACAUUAUUAAUUACAAACAACAAGAAGGAAUGUAACGACAACUGCAGGAUUUGAACCUGCGUCUCCUCGUUCGCAUGGAUGUACGGAUACCUUGAGCCGCUUGUCUAUAUUUGGCCUGGAGAAUGGCUGUACGCCACAGCAUCCUGUACGUGAGGAUCGGAGAAGCUAAAGAAUUACCCCCCAAAGACUUGUCAGGAGUCAGUGAUCCCUACUGUGUGAUAAAGAUAGACAAUGAACCUAUUGCUAGGACAGCCACCGUCUAUAAAACGUUGUGUCCAUUCUGGGGUGAGGAGUACAAGAUGCAUUUGCACAGUGACUUCUAUGAUUUGAACCUGUAUGUCUACGAUGAGGACCGACUGGGGGAAGAUGAUAUUAUUGGAAAAGUAACCCUUUCCAGAGAUGCCAUAGCAACCGGAAGGAAAGCUACAGAGAUGUGGCUGCCACUCACCAAAGUGAACAAAGCUGCUGAAAUCCAGGGGGAGAUCCUGAUCGAGAUCGAGAAAAUCCGAGACGUUGUGAGACAAGAGAAUACACUCCGAGUGACUGUGAUGGAGGCAAGGGAUUUGGCACCAAAGGAUAUGUUUGGGAGUUCGGAUCCAUUUGUAACUGUUUCCUUCCUGGAACAGAGUAAAACCACAUCGACACAGAAGAAGACCAGGUUCCCCAGUUGGUACGAGACAUUCGAGUUCAACAUGCCAUUGUCCUGUCCUCCAAAGACUGUUAUUGAAGUGAAACUGUGGGACUGGGAUAGAGUGAGCAGCAAUGAUUUUCUUGGUGAGGUAAACAUUAACUUCCGGAACCUACCUGAUGGUUGCAAAGUGAAGAAAUGGUACAGACUGAUGCCUCGACCACCUCACAUGGAAAACAGAAGUGCUGGGGGCGAUCCGAUGUUCCCAAAGCCAGCUCCUAACCGGGGCAGUGUCCGCAUAAAGGUCCACCUCAUACAGGAAACAGUGUUACCCACAUACAGCUAUGGCACACUGCGACACAUUCUCACAGAUUCAGUUCUGCCAAAGGGUACAGAAGCACCAGAUCUCAGUGCUGUCCACUUGUUGGAAGAAAUCAGUCGCCUUGACCUCAAUGAAAUGUCCAACUGUCUGGUCAGACUUUAUUUAAACGAGGGACUCAUCACAGAAUAUUUGACGGCCAUCACAGCAGAAGAGGUCAAGAACACAUCUGAUCCCAACACACUGUUCCGAGGGAACUCCCUAGCUACGAAGUCUAUGGACCAUUUUAUGAAGGUGGUGGGUCUUCACUAUUUACAAGAGACGAUGGGCCAUGUGAUAGACCAAGUGUAUGGCGACCGAAGAAUAGUGGAGCUGGACCCAACGAGGGUUGAUAGUAUCAAAAGGCGCCACUGGUCCAGCAUAAAAGAGUCUAACGGCCACGUCCUGGAGCACAGCAAGACAGCCGUCACUUGUUACAUUACCAAUAUUAUGGAGGCCAUCCUGAACUCCCACAGUAAAUGUCCAAUUCUGAUGAGGUUGGUCUUUAAACAUCUCAAGGAACAAGUUCAAAACAAAUGGCCCACAGGGAAUGAAGAGAAUAUGGAUUAUGCCUACCAUGCAGUCAGUGGGUUUCUCUUCUUGCGGUUCUUCGUUCCGGCCAUAUUGUCGCCAAAGUUGUUCCUGCUCCAGGAACACCACCCGGAUCGGAAAGUCAGCCGGACGCUAACUCUCCUUGCAAAGGUAACCCAGACCAUUGGUAACCUCUCAGAACCUGUUGGUAAAGAGCAAUGGCUCCAACCUCUCCAUGACUUUGUACGAGAAAAGAUUGAUGAUGUUCGGACAUUCAUUGACACACUAACAGACAUCAGCACAGACAACACACUUAGAUACUUCCCGAACCGACAACCAUUUUACUCAGGGGUCAUCUUAAAAGAGGGAUACCUCCACAAAUGUCGAUACUCUUCCAAAAAAUUGCUCAACCGGCUAUCAUUCUCCUUCUCCUUCAAGCCACAAUAUUUCUGGCUUACCUACAAAGAACUGCGCUAUUCUCCUCUUCCAGAGAGUAAGGUGCAGUCUGUGAAACUAACGGACCAAAUUUGUGCGGUGGAGCGUCUAGAUUACAGUGCAUUUGGCAAAGAUAAUAUCGGUCAACUGAUAAGCCAAACACCUGACAAUGAACUGGAAAUUCUGUAUUUCCAAGCUAAGGACAUCAAUGACCUCUAUUCCUGGCUGUCGGCAAUCCGAAAGACUUUCUCGGCCAACAAACAGCAGCUAAAGACUUACCAUCCGGGAAUCUAUCGUAGAAAUAGGUGGAGCUGCUGUCACAGAAUCGACACAGACGCUGUGGGAUGCAGCCCCACCCACAACAAGGUUACACUACAAGAGUGGAUGGACCCUAUCGACUGUGACAUGGAGGCGCAGACAGUGUGUAGCCAGCUGAUAGCCCGACAGACACAACUACAACAUAUCAUUCAAGACACUGAGGAAAAAGCACCACAAGUGGGGAAGCAAGCUUCAAACAGGCAAGGGGCCGGUCCAGCCCCUCGCAAGUUGAAUAAAAACAUGGCCAAACAGCUACUUGAGAUCUCGGAACAACUACAUCUGAUGCAGCAGGCAAUAGACGAGCCAUCAAAGGACCCAAAAUAGUUAUUGUGAUAACGAGGGAGGUCCUGCUGGGAAUGGGGGUGACCGUGAUGGUGGAGCAGUGGGGCCGGGGCUUUCAGAGGAGAGAUAAUGUGCCACUCUCACUCCUUGCCAACAUUCUCUUAAUUGCUCAUCACAAACUCCACAAUCAAACCUCUUAUGCAUUAUUCUUGUGUGUGUAUGUGUCCAUAUGUAUGUAUAUAUGUAUGUGUGUGUAUAUAUAUAUAUAUAUACA